AUGACUGAAAAUAAUAUUCAAGAACGUUAUCAGACAUUGAAUAAUCUUCAACAAGAACAAUUAAUUGCUUUACGGAAAGAAAAUUAUGAUUUAAAAUUAAAAAUUACUUCGGAUAAACAACGAAAAUUAAUUCGAAAAAAAGAAUAUGAAGAAAAAUUAGGAAAUCUUCAAAUACUUGUUCAAGAUGCAAGUAUUCGAUUGAAUGAAGGUAGUGAAGUUAUUAGAAAAUUACAACAACAUUUAAAAAUUUGUCAAGAAAAAUUAUCAGAUAAAACAAAAUCAUUAUGUGCAAAGGAUGAUAUGAUUCAUGAUUAUCAAUUACAUAUUGGUCAUCUCAAUGAUACUAUAAAACAAUUAAUGGAUGAAAAGAAACAAUUGAUUGAUGAAUGUACAGCACAACAAUUGAAAUAUUCAUUAAAUGUGAGUUUUGAUUGA